UAACCUUGGCAGAGUCAUGGUGAGGAGUAAUGGGCACUUAGUGAAUAUUUGGUUUUAGCAAGUGAAUAUUUGCUUUCCCAAAUGAAACUAAUGAACUGAUUGUGGUUGUAGUUAUUCCCUGUCUUGUGCACUUUUUUUUUUUCCGGUCCAAAGAGGGACUUCUUCGGAAAAUUACCUUUAAAUCAGUGUGUUGUGCCCUGUAGGAAACGCCUGGCAGAAGGUUCUCAGUUGCCCUGGCUCUGUGCAUAUGGAAACACUAUGAAGCGAGAACAGAGCUGCUCCUGUCCAGGUGUUUAAGAUAGAAGUGCUAAUGAACGGAAGAAAACAUUUUGUUGAAAAAAGGUACAGCGAAUUUCAUGCCUUGCACAAAAAGCUGAAGAAAUGUAUAAAAACUCCAGAAAUCCCUUCUAAACAUGUUAGGAACUGGGUCCCAAAAGUCUUGGAACAACGACGACAAGGAUUGGAGACAUAUUUACAGGCUGUCAUCUUGGAAAAUGAAGAGCUUCCCAAACUGUUCCUUGAUUUCCUAAAUGUGCGACAUUUGCCCUCGCUACCAAAGGCAGAGAGUUGUGGAUCUUUUGAUGAGACGGAAUCUGAAGGAUCAAGCAAACUGUCCCACCAGCCGGUGCUGCUGUUCCUCCGGGAUCCAUACGUCUUGCCUGCAGCCAGCGAUUUUCCAAAUGUGGUUAUCGAAGGAGUCCUCCACGGGAUAUUUUACCCUCAUCUGCAGCCCAGGUAGACAUCCUCCAUGGCUCGAGGAAGCUGAAGCAGGAUUCCCGGAGAUCGAUAUCUACCAAAUUAACCUAAACUCUCUGACAUAACGACUCUAGCUAGUGGUAAAAUUCACAGUCCCAGCUUAAUUCAGGGCAGGGACAUUUCCAUGAGAAUGGUGCUUUUAAAAAUAGAAACUGAACCAGGGUGGCCCUGAGGUGAAGGUCAAGUGAUUGAGAAGUAAAAGGCAGCUGCCAGUUUCGAAACUGGUGAAGAGAGGGCUGUGGAAGGUGGCUGGGGGCAGCGAGGGUAACGGAACGAAAGUUCCUCUCUGCUUCAGUUGCGCCAUUUGCUAAUUGAACGUCUGACCCUGAAUCAUACUGAGGCUGAUCGACUUUGGUAGCUUUUUGUUGUUGUUGUUGUUCAGAUUUUAGGAGACACUAAUCUUCUCAUCAUGAGAUUUUCUCAGUCUGUGAUAGAUACGUUCUUACGUGCUGGCAUCGUGAGAGUAUCACAGAAACAGGCUAUGCUCCAUGUGAGGGCGGAACUCAACUGGAAAUCAAACUAUGCUGACAGUGUGAGGGCAUUUUUUAAAAUGUCAUUGCUAUUCACACGGCAGUGGUGUUGCAUCGUACCUGGGGAUUAGCUUCCAGUGCCAGGACGUGCGAUAAAACGGAGUGUGGAGAGUCUUCUCGACAGACGUUUCCAAAGGCGCCAUAUUGGAAAUCUGUGCAUCCAACACAACCAGGUUUUCCUCCUGCGUUGGAAGAAAGGACUGUUUCUUCCAUUGAAGACCAUUUGACGUUGUUGGUGUUCGUUUAGGGCAAUUUUGUAUAAAACUCCAUACCUUUCAACACUAGAAUCAUGCUCCGUUCUGCAAGAUGCUUGUCUUCUGAGAGACAGAUGUGAACUGACUGCCCGAGGAGACACCACGUGGUAGCACUUGGUUUCCUCAAGGUUCUCCAACCCUCCUCGGGGUUUACUCAUUCAUUUAACUGGUGGGAUUUUCACAGGAUUUACUGUUAUUUUCCUUAUUGUUUCCUUCUCGCUGACCUCCUAUAUGGAAUUAAUGUAAGUUCAAUGACUGAUCUAACUCUGCCGUACAUCUCACUGACAUUCAUAUUUUGAGUCGUAAAGGACAAAGGCAUAUAUAUGCAAACUUUAUGUAGGUACUGUAUUUGGGCAUUUCAUCAAAAACUAAUUAAUAGCUAGCCUAUUUAUGGUUAUUCGUGUUACUAAGCUUCUGUGUGGGAGAAAAAUAUUUGGAUUCAAAAUGAAUAACUAAAUCAUGGUUUUUGGUCAGGAUCUCAAUAUACAGGUUUAAAGCGUGCUGCAGAGUUUGAGAGAUACAUUUAUGACAGACGUAUUUCUUCAUGCUGGAAACAGAGGACUCUGUAAUCAAGUGUCAUGAACCAAAAAUAACUGAAUACUCACGUGUGGGAGAUAUUUUUUAAAUGUUUUGUUGUUAGCUAUUUUGAGUUAAAUAAAAACAAAGAA